UCACUGAUAACCAAGUGCGAUUGGGCAUAAACAUAAACUUUAUGAAAUGUUCGACGCGAAUGGAUUCCAUUUCAUGAUCAGAGCACUACGAGUAGGUAGGUAACUGUUGUUUUGUUCUCAAGCAGAAUGGAACGUUCUCUUUUCCAACUUUUUCGACUCCUUGUUUUAAUUUUUUGUGUUAAUUGUGUCCAACUGAAUUAUUCGCUGAAUGGUUAUCGACGUACCAAUACAAUAAUACAAAAAUGCCUUCAAAAAUACGGUUUACCAAUAGAUAUGUGUACAUGUCCGGAGGAACUGGAUGUUUCCAACAGGAGACGAGUUUUGAGCUGCAUUGAAGAAGAUUACGACAGAAUUAAAACUGAACUCCAACUAUACAAAUGGCCGGUCGCUGUGAGCAAUUCAGUUGAUUUGUUUUUUGACGAACACGGAUGGUUGACUGAGUUAACUGAAGAAGAAACAAAAACGCUGAAUGAAAUUUCGGAUGAGCAGAAGAGAUCGAGAACACGCCUGGUGAGACUUUGUCAGCAUAUACUUAUCGACUUGGCUAGUCUCUACACUAAUAUACAGCAGUUGAAUGAUAACAUUGAUUCAAACAAGAAGUUGGAAAAGUAUCAGCCGUCAGAAAGAAGAAAUAUAUUUUGUAAUGCUAUUACCGCGACGAGAUCACAAAGAAAAAAGAUUCAUGAUAUGUUGAUACAAGCAAAUGGUCAUUUUCCAAAUAAAGUCAACAUUUAUAAUCAUGCAGAAUGGAAUGAAUGCAUUGACAUAUUCAUGAAUGUGUCGAACAUUGAAAACAGAAAGAAUUGGGUAGAAUACGAAUCUGAAUACACGUAGAAACACACUUGAAUAGAAUCAGAGAUUGCACGAAUAAUUUUUUUUGAAGAGGUGGGUGAGUUGGAAGGGAAAAUGCCGAAUAAAGAUCCAAAAUUCUUUAAGUUACAGGGACAACUGCAGUUCAAAAAAAAAAAAAAAAAUAUGUACAACGAGACAUUUAGGAAGACCGUGUUAAUAGAAUUGCCUAACUAGUUCGCCGUAAAUACGAAGUGCUAUUUUUUCCAAAAAAUGAACCUUUGAAUUGUGGAGCAAGCCGUAUUUAUUUUCGGUGUUAGAUUCUCACCAUGACGUCUCCUUCUAACCAAAAUGACCCAUUUUUUUGGGAAUAAAAAAAAUCCAAAAAAAGGAAAGAGGGUAUAAGGAAGUAGUUCAUACAAUUGUUUUGGAGAAUAAAAACUUUUGCCUGCGAAUUGAGUCGAAAUUGAAUGAUAAAAAGGAAACAGAUCAAUAAUGACACAUUUCAAUAAGAACUUUAAUGGUUUACAGUUGAAAUUGGGCAAUACAAAAUGCUUCUUCAUCAAGUUGAUGAUUUGAGAAAAAAAAUAUACAUAUAAAAACUGACAAAGUAGUAAAAAAAUGGUAACAAGAAAGAAAAAAAAUGUAUGAUGUUAUCACACGAUAUCAAAUGCUCAAGUACAGCUUACUCAUCGUCAGUAAUAUUAAAUCAACAAUCAUCGAGGUUUAUCUUUUAUAUUUAUUGAAUGUUUAAUAGUAAUCUGAAUAAAUUAACAGUAUUAAUAG